UCUUCCCUCAUCUAUCUGUCCUGUUUUGAAUCUGCCCGGUGUUGUUGAGGCCCAAAACCCUAACUCUACAAAGAUCGAUUCCCUCCAGAAAGUCUACAUCAUGAGUCUAAUCCCACACUCAUCAGCCUCCUCCUCCUCCUCCAGGACCUACGAGAUCUGCUUGGUUUGCGAAGCCAACUAUGGAACACGUGAUUAUCGUUAUGAAGUUUUCGUCGUUGACGUUGGUCCUUGCUCUGGUGGUGAUCAUGGAUUAAGAGUAUUGCGCAAUCCCUUGUUCCGAAUUCCGGAUGCCUACGCCACUAUGGGCUUCUUUGCCGUUGAUUCGAGCAUCUACUUUCUUGGAGGAUUUCGUUUGGGAGAACCUGAUCCAUCUUUGAGGAUUUCGAACAAUGUUUAUGUCUAUGACACAUCCUCCAGCGACUCCGCCAUCAAAAAGUUAAGUUGCAUGAAUUAUGGCAAGCUCUUGCCUGUGAUUAUUGGUCCUCUUAAUGAAAAGUUCUAUGCAAUUAGUAAAUACUUGUCAUUUCACGAUUUUGAGGUGUUCGACCCAAAAUUGGAUUCUUGGUCUUGCCUUUGUCAGCCUCCUGUUUCUGAUUCGCCUGAAAAUGAUUUUGAUUAUGCCAUUGAUUCAUAUGCUGUUGUGAACGAAGACCGCGAAAUUCUCAUGUGGACCUCAUUCGGUCUCUACUCCUAUCAUAUUGAUUCAGAUAAUUGGUAUUUUUACGCCAAAGCUGCUUCUAUUCCAUUUGUCUAUGAUCGAAGGCCAACUGGAUGUACAGUGUCAAUUGGUGGUGACCGCUGUUUAGGGUUUACCCACUGCUGUGAUUUUCGUGAUCCCAAUUUAGGUUUUAUCCACCCCAAGUGUGAUGAUGGUCAUAUAGUACUUGGUACCUAUCGCCACAACAGUAGUGAUCAUACUUGGCAUGACUUCCACCAAAUCUGUGACUGGCCCGAAAAGGAAAAAGUGGAAUGCCGUGCCUAUCCUAUGUCUUUGGGUGAUGGUCUAGUCUGCGCUGUUGUGGCUGGAUAUGAUCCCGGAUAUGAUCAGAUAGUCCCUGCCCCUGCCCCUGCCCCUGCAUAUGAUGAUGAUCCCCACUUACCAAGUACACACAUUAUAUCAAUAGGGGUUUUUGUAGAUGGACCCAAAUUCAAUCCCCUCUAUACCCAUCAGUACAAGGACGACCACAAUAUGAAGUACUGCAAGAGGACCCUCGUAGCUUCCUUCCCCUUAAACAGAAGGUAGAAAGCCUUUGACAAUUGAGCUGUAAAGAGAGUGCCGGUGAGGCUAACCAUGGAUCAUUGGAUAAAAAUUGUUGUUUUCUUGAUGAUGAUGUCAAUGGUGGGUGUUACAAAUUGAAGCCUACACUAUGUUGGAGGAGGAAAGACUACAUGGGCACCAAAUGUCAAUCUCACUGAUUGGACUUCUCAUCAUGAACACAUCUAUGUGGGCGAUUGGCUCUGUAUGUUCUUUCUUUCUUUCCAUCUUUUUCGUUAUAAAUUAGUAAUUUUUAGUCUCUCUUGUUCUUGAUUGUUGGGGGUUAGGUUUGUGUCAUUCAUGAAUACAUACAGAUUUUGGGUUUGACAAGCACACCUACAGUGUUCUGGAGGUGAACAAGACCAGCUAUGAGGAUUGCAUUGCCACAGAUUUACCAAAGGUGGAAGAGAUGUGUUCCAAAUGAUAGUCGAAGACUUAUUACUUCAUUGAUUUUGAUGGGAGAGGCUUCUGCUUUCAAGGUCUCAAAGUUGCUGUUUAUUGUGAAACUUCUGCACCCACUCCAUUUGAGUAAAAUAAUUGUUCCACUUUUGGGAUUGAGACUUGAGAGUCAUUUUCUUGGAAAUCCUGUAUUUUACAUACCCAUACGACGUAAUCUUUGGUUUCCGAAAUAUGGUACUGUAAAAACUAAAAAGACGAAACUCAUUGCUAUUUGAAGUAAUUACAAACAAGUUACAAGUUACAAGCA